AAAUUAAAUGCAGUUUACUAUACUAUUUCUGGUUUGUGAAGUAGUCUAUGUAAUAUCUUAACAAUGCAAUGAAAAUAAUCCAAUAUUAAACUAUACAUUCAAAGCAAACAGCCCUAACACCUAGAAUAAAGAAUGGAAUUAUGAAGGAAUAGGAUGUAUUAAUUAAUAAUCUAAAUUUAGCAUUAUAAUAGUGUAUAUAGGGAGUGAGUGCAGAUACAAAGAAUUUCGAUGUUUCUUAGGUGAGUUUACUUAAUUCGAAGAUAAGUUUAGAUGUUGAAGAGAUGAUUUAGUUAGAAAUGAAUAAAAUUUAAGGACCAUAUGCUUAAUACAGAACUAACUAAAUAAAGUUGACAUUUUGGGGAAUCGACAAUAUUGCAAGAUAUGAAUCUUAGUAUUUCACAAUUAGACCAGCAGAACACAAUUUUGAUUUUUGGUCAUAAGUACCUGAUGCUGAAAUUUAAGUGUAUUUCAUAUAGGAUUAGAUCUAUUAAUAAUGUUAGAGUGAAGCUCUUUAUGCUAUUUUAUCAAUACCAAUAUAUGCAUUAUAAGAGACUUAGGAUAUUAGAUAUGCAAUAAACAUAAAUUUUACAGGAAAUUAAGUAAUAACUGAGAAUUUCAAUUUCAAAUAAAAUAUUCUUGGAGUUUACAAUUCAGAUAUGGCUAGCUUUGUAUCUUAUAAAGCACCACUUAACAUUCCGUAAUGAUUUGAGUCAUAUGAUAUCUUAGACCUUGUGAAAUUACAAAUUGGUUUGUUUUGACAUAGCCAUAAUUUAUAAAAUAACCAUUGUUGCAGACUUUAUUGAGCUUAAAUACUUAGAGCAGUAUGCAAAGAACAUUGUCACAGGAAUAAUAAAUGAAUUUCAUUAAAGGAGUAAGAUGAUUAAAUAAUUAAUAAUAGAGAUUCAUUUAUGAAGGUUAAGAUGAUUUAAAGGAUUAUGAUGAUACAGUUUAAUGGGCUGCUACAUGGGUAGCUUCAAUUAUUCCAUGUUUAUUUUUUGCAUUGAUAGUUUGUGUAUAUGGUCAAUAUGAAAUUUCCAACAUUGGAAGAUUUAGAAGACCACAAGUUAAAUAACAUGAAGGUAUUGAAUAAGAAGCUUUACAUUAAGAUGAUGCAAUAGAAAAUAAAUUAGCAUGACA